AGUUUCAACUGCAUGAGCUGCAGGGGUCAUUUUAUUUGUAAGGUGUAAAGUUUCUUAGGUUGGCUUCUGUGACAACUUUUAGGUGUUGGUUUGGCAUUACAGUUUGAUGUGUCUGUCUGAAACAUCCUUGCUGGUUACAUAACAUGGACUGAUUUGUAUAGUUUUUUUUUCGCCGGGUCGGCAAACAGCCGACCGGAGUAUAUUAAGAUGGAAGAAAGAAUUUACAACUAUUUACAAAGCGGGCGCCAGCCGGCACCCUGAACUUACGAAACACCUGUGACAGAUACGGUCAAGCCCGCUUCUUGCCAUGACUUCCACUCAUCCUCAAUGGUGGCACAAAGGCUCACCGGCAACGCUGCACGCCCCUCAAAGACACGGGCAUUCCGAUCUUUCCAAAUCAGCAAGUCACCAAGAUGACGCCUGCAUCGAACGCUCUCCUAUCCCUCUUCGUGAUUGUUUUGCAAGCAUCACACUACCAAGAAGGAAAAUUCACCGCCGGCAAUGAACAACGAAGGCCCAACCGCCCCCUAACAUCGCUCCACACCUCCUGGGUAUAGGAGCAGCCUUGAAAGAUAUGGGCACACGUCUCUUCCUCCCUGGAACAGAGAUGACAGAUGGAGGCGAGGUGCCAACCACGGCGCUGAAGAUUAUCGGUUGUUAAACAGGCCCCCUUCAUUGCACAAAACAUGAAGAACUUGCAUCUUUCUGGAGCACUGGACUUCGCAAUGGUCUUUCCAAUGAUGCAUCAUGUGCGGCCGGUGGAAAGCAAGGAAUAUGCCGACUUGACAGAGAAUUUGCCAUUCGCUGAUAGCCACCAAGAAAACACAUCGCUUGCACCUUGCUCUGGAAUUAGGGGAGAGACUAAAUCCCAAAGCGCAAAAAAUUCCACUAGAGCUUGAGCUAACAGGCCACCUCUAAUGUCAUCCACCCAUCUAUUGUCCUGCAAGCUCUUCGCAACCGAUCUCUUCUUGUCUUGGACAAAAGAAAAGAGAAUGGGCAUAAAGAAAUCGAGCCUUUGCCAGGCAUCCAAUUGUCGGUCCAGAAUAAAGCCUGCUCCCCAUUGCCCAAUAUAAUGGAACAGCCGGCUGCUAAACAGUGUGCCACCUUCUUGUCAAGUGGUGGCGCCAUAUUAGUCCAGGGACGCGCCAGAUGCGCCCUCCGUAACCAUGCCCAUCGAGUACGCAUGGCCACAACCAUGAGCCGCAGAUCUUUGAUACCCAGCCCACCACUGUGAAACGGCAGGCAGAGCUUGUCCCACACAAUGAGGCUGCACCCGCCCGCUGCGUUCUCAUCGCCCUUCCACGAUUUGUAUAGUUUUCAUCUCUGUAAGUUCUGAGUGAUGCCGUUUAUUUUGUUACUUCGAUAAUUUGAUGCCAAAAUAUUUUAAGGAGGUUGUUGGCAACCUUGUGAUGUGAAAAUCUUGCCAUAAGUAUUUGUCUGGCUUUUUUCCCCUCGUUGGCAGAAAAACUGUUGUUUUGACUACAUGCUGAUUAAGCUUAGGCUGUGUUUAGAUCCAAACUUUGCAUCCAAACUUCCAACUUUUUCCAUCACAUCAACCUGUCAUACACACACACUACUUUUCAGUCACAUCGUACUAAUUUCAAUCCAAACUUCCAACUUUGGAAGGAACUAAACACAACCUUAGUGUCAUUUACUGAUCUGUUGUGGUGAGUCAAACCUCUGUGGUAUGUUAGAAUUUUCUCACUGAUUUAGAGUCAGAGUCAGUCUCUCAGACUCCAAUAAUAAUGGCAAAUAUUUGUCUGUGAAUUAAUAUUGAUCUUUGAGACUUUGACAGGAGAAGUGACCAUACAAAUUUUCUCUUGUCAGGUUAAAUCAAAUGGAGACAGGUUCUUGCCAACUUUACUAGAGCAUUCCCCAAGACAGAAGACUCUGCAAAUCUUUCUGCAUGACUUGGAAUUUCUUCUCCCAGAAAAACUACGGCUCUAUUGUACUCCAAUCACUAGCUCCACUGCUGGUUCUUCUAUUCCCUGUCUGUCCUAGCACCACAGACAGACACAAGGCAAGCAAAGGUCCCAUCCACCAUCCAUGGAUGCCUCUGCUGCAUCCAUGCUCUGGACUCUGAUCAUCAUCCUCGCCGCCGCAGCCGCUGCCUCCUCUGUCCAUCCACCACAGCAGCAGAGCUAUGGCGUCGGCUGCAUCGCGGCGGAGCGGGCGGCAUUGCUCUCCUUCAAAGAAGGUGUCAUGGCCGACCCGCUGAGGCUCCUCGACUCAUGGCAGGGUGCAGGAGACUGCUGUCGGUGGAACGGCGUCGGGUGCAGCAACAGGACCGGCCAUGUCGUCAAGCUCGACCUCCGCAACACUCUCUACUGGGAUGACCAGCGCCAAGUUAGACUGGACAACCCUCACGCCAUGCGUGGACAGGUAAGCACCUCCCUGCUUGCCCUGAGGCGUUUGAAGUAUCUUUAUCUCAGCGGGAACAACCUUGGAGGACCGGGUAUAGCCAUACCAUCGUUCUUGGGGUCUCUCGAGAGCCUGGUCUAUCUCAACCUCUCCUGUAUCGAUUUCUUUGGAGAGGUGCCUACUCAGCUUGGCAAUCUCUCCCGGCUGUCCUACCUCGACGUUGGCAGCAUGUAUUAUUCUGGACAGAUUUUCUCAUCGGAUCUCUCCUGGCUGGGACGCCUCUCUUCACUGAAGUAUCUUGACAUGAGCGGUGUCAAUCUCAGCAUGGUUUCUGACUGGGCUCAUGUGGUCAAUAUGCUUCCCAAUUUGAGAGUUCUCAAUCUCGAACUGUGUCAACUCACGAGAUCAAACCCACCACUUCUGCAUUCCAACCUUACAGUUCUUGAGAAGCUCGUUCUUUCUUCCAACAACUUCUAUGGACCACUUGCUACUAACUGGUUCUGGGGUAUAACCACCCUUAGAACCCUCGAAGUGGAGUUCUGUUCCCUAUAUGGCCCUCUUCCUGAUAGCUUGGGAAACAUGACUGCACUUCAAGUUCUUGACAUGCAAGAUAAUGAUAAUAUCACAGGAAUGUUUCCACCAACUCUGAAGAAUCUAUGCAAUUUGCAAGAAGUCUUCACUGGGACUAACCUGAGCGGGGACAUAACAGAACAGAUGGAGAGGCUGCCAAAGUGUGCAUGGGACAAAUUGCAGGCAUUAAAUCUGGAUGCAACCAACAUGACAGGCAAUCUUCCAGUUUGGUUGGUAAACUUGACCAACUUGAAGGACCUUAGUGUCUCAGGGAACCAGCUUAGUGGGCCUGUGCCUUUGGGGCUUGGAGCUCUUACUAAGUUGACUAUAUUGUAUCUAGGCCACAAUAACUUGACUGGUAUCAUAUCAGAAGACUAUCUUGCUAAUCUUUGCAAUAUGGUUAUAUUGGACUUGAGCUACACUUCUUUAGAGGUUGUUGUGGGUUCCACAUGGACUCCUCCAUUCAAGUUAAUCAGAGCACAACUGGCUUCAUGUCAACUGGGUCCGGGAUUUCCUAUCUUGUUUAAACACCAAAAGGGCAUUAUCUACAUUGAUGUUUCAAAUGCAGGCAUAGCCGAUGCAAUCCCAAGUUGGUUUUGGGAUGAAAUUUCCUAUGCAUUUUAUGUGGAUAUGUCUCACAAUCAAAUUGAUGGAGAAUUACCAGCCAAACUUGAAGCGAGGACAAGGCAAGAAUUGCACCUCAAUUCAAACCAGCUAAAGGGCUCAAUUCCGCAAUUACUCAGAAAUAUCACCAAGCUAGACAUCUCUAGAAACUCCUUAUCUGCACCAUUGCCUUCAGAUUUUCAAGCUCCGGAAUUGGCAGCACUUGUCCUAUUCUCCAACUACAUUCCAGGCAGUGUUCCACUGUCCAUAUGUGAUUUACAGAUUUUUGGCUAUCCUUGAUUCUGAAGAUUUGGAACAACAACUCCUUC